UCGUUGUCACCAUCUUGAGCCUUAUCUCGACUGACGACAACUUUUGGAGACGACGAGUUGCUCUCCCGCGACAUCUGUGUUUACACCCAUACUGACUUUGGGCGAGCACAUGGGGUGCCUGACGCUUAGGCUCCCAACGUGAAUUCAAACUUCGAAAAUUGACAUCGAAAUUGGCCCUCAUCCAUCCAGCCUUGACGAUUGGUUCACCGAAUCGACCAUCGCAGGAACUCACCCAACCCAAUUUCACAAGCCAAAUCCAGCAGUUCGUCGUCAGUGGUCACGGAUCGAAACUCCGAUUAACCCCCUCCCCCACUCGUCCCCAUUAUACUUAUUGCAGCCCCUCCGCCUGUAAAACCAAGGUCCUAAUCGAGACGUCGCGUGCGCGUAAUCCAUUUCGGUCCGUCACCCCUGGGUAAUACGAAUAGCACCCAAUUACCGAGUACCUUGGAAGGGAGCCGGUGGACGAAUCACCACCGAAGCCACGCGGCGCACGGCACCCAAUAGCGCCAACGUACCUAUCUAGACGCUGCUAGGUAUCCGUACAGUGGCACUCUCAGCAGCGGUGGUGUGCCUGGCGGGCCAGGUGUUAGUGUCAUCGAAUUCCACGGCGACGUGUGCAGGAACAGGACCUAGGCGGACUUGGGCUUCCCUCGUUCCCCCGGUCGGGCUUUUGCGGACUGUCCGUUGGAGGGACUCUUGUGGUCGCCCCGAGAUUUAAUUAACUCGGCGCGCGUCCCACACGAGCUUCCCCUCGACGUUCCUCAUUGCAACUCUUGCCAAAGUUGUUGCCCUUUGCCGUUCAAUCUGUUCACCGGUCCCUGAUCUCAUCCGACUCCAUCAUGGAUUACACCGGCGGCACCGCGGAGGCCGAUCAUCUCUGCGUCUUGGUCCACGGGCUUUGGGGUAACCCCAACCACAUGGCCCAGAUCGCCAAAAGCCUGCGAGCCAAGUACCCCGCCGACAAACUUUACCUGUUGCUCGCGAAACGCAACAGCGGCUCCUUCACCUACGACGGUAUCGAGCGUGGCGGCGAGCGCGUGUGCGCCGAAAUCGAGGAGGAGCUGCGCCUGAUCGAGGCAAGGGGCGGCAAGAUCACCAAGUUGAGUAUCGUGGGAUACUCACUCGGUGGGCUUGUUUCCCGCUACGCCGUCGGCCUGCUUCAUUCCAAGGGCAUCCUUGACAGUUUGGAAUGCAUGAACUUUGUCACAUUUGCGACUCCUCACCUAGGUGUCCGCACGCCGCUCCGCGGAUGGCACAACCAUGUUUGGAAUGUCCUCGGCGCCCGCACUCUGUCCAUGUCCGGCCGGCAGCUGUUUACCAUCGACGACUUCCGCGACACUGGCCGACCGCUGCUCGCCAUUCUGGCCGACCCGAACUCCAUUUUCCUCGCCGGCCUGAAGCGCUUCAAGCGCCACACGCUCUACAGCAACAUCGUCAACGAUAGGAGCGCCGUGCACUACACCACUGGCAUUACCAAGACUGACCCGUACACCAACCUCGAUAAGGUCAAGUGCAACUUCGUCGACGGCUACGAGGAUGUCAUUCUCGACCCCAACCACCCGGUCGCACCCAAGCCCAAGGUUGCCGAGCCGGCCACCCUCUCGUCCGUCGCUUCCGCUGGCUGGAAGGGAAUCAAACGAGUGCCCUUCGCCCUCGCCCUCGUUAUCUUCGUCCCCAUUGGAAUUGUCGCCUUCCUUUUCAGCUCCGUCGUCCAGACAGUCCGCUCGUCAAAACGUAUCCAGCUGCACGAGAAGGGCCUUGCCGGCGUAGCGAUCGACGAGUACCGCGGCCCGCUGUGGAUGAAGGAGAUACGGGAAGAAGUGGAGCACGUCUACGAAACCCUCAACAGCUCGCAGGACCAGGAGUACCUGGCGAGCGAGACGGAUGACGACCUGGAUGAGGUCGAGAUGGACCGCAGCACGACGCAACUGCUCGCUAGGGAGAGACGCAUGUCGGUGCCGUCCCAGCCCACGCUCGCGCUCGCGCCCUACCAGUUCCAGAUGAUCCAGAGCCUCGACACUGUUGGCUGGCACAAGUAUCCCGUGUGGAUCCACAAGGACCGCCACAGCCAUGCCGCCAUCAUCGUGCGCUGGGAGAAGAAGGGGUUCGCCGAGGGGCACGUCGUGCUGAAGCACUGGCUGAACGAAGAGUUUGUGGUCUAGGUAUCGGCUUUUGCAAAUUGGAGUUGGUGUAAGCGAGGCGUUGGGACUUGGUAAAUAUCGACUCCUCGAGGAGACUCUAGUGUCAGUACAGGGGUUGCUUCUUGUAAUAUUCUUUACCCG